CGCUCCUGCUGCUUGUCUCGAGUGGGAAACCCUCCCGUGCCCCGCGUGGCACCCAAAUCCCGUCCUGCGCUUCCAGAGCGGUGCCCACCCAAACGAGCCGGGGUGAGCCCGGCCCUCGGGGCCCUGGGAUGAUCACCCGCCCCUCAGGAGGUGCCCGGACACCCAAAGUGGCCCCCAGAACCUCUCUGGGUGACUCCCAAGUGACAUCACUGACAUCAGCCCACGGUGAGAUGCCUGCCCAGGGGAGGAGCCGAGCAGUCCCACCUGCAUAUAAGCCGGCACUUGGAGCACCAGGAGCCUGUUGCCUGCAGAGUUCCCAGAGGAGAAGAGGCCCAGGAUCCCAGGGGACCUUCAGAGGAGGACCAGGCCCUUCUGCAGGAUCACAGCUCCGACAGAACCAUGUCCAUCCCUCCCUGAGAGCCUCAGCCCCCCGUGAUCAGACCACCGGCAUGCCAGGUUGUAUUCUGACUCUGUCACUUUAGGCCGGUGCUUUCUGCCUUUCUUUCAUUUCUCCUAUGAAAUUGUAGUUCUGACUUGGGAUCUCCCACUGGUUUGCUGUCAGACUGGUACAUAUUUGGGCACCCUGUGUGGAGCCAGUCCUGAGAGAAGUCAGAAUUGCAAUGUUGUGUUACAGAAGGCUCCUGUUCACCAUGGUGCUCACCGUGCUUACACAGCUCUUACACCUUGCUCUCUGUCUGUUUCCACACAUGGGGAGCUGCCUGUCUGCUGCAGUGCCCCUCUUGAGCUCAGGGAAUGCUCUGGAAAUUGCUUUGUUGGUGUAUUGUAUCUAUUGCAUGAUAACCUCUGGGAAAGUGAACAUAACUUGGGACAAAAAUUCACUUUUGUUCACUUGUCCUGGGCUGGGCUGCUGCAUCUGCAUCCCCCUCAGCAAUCACAGCCAGCCCUUGGGGGAAAGAGCAGAGAGUGGUUUCCCCCUGACUCUCAUACUCGACAGAGCAGUUUUUGAAAAUUUUGAGUUGCCUCUGGCUGUCAAAGAUGGCAUCAUCAUCUUGCUGUUAGUUCUGCUUUGUGCUCUCUUUGUAGCCUGCACCCUGUACACCCUGUGCACCGUGCUUAGAGACAGAGGAACACUCAGUCUGGUACAGCAGCGUCGUGAGGAGGAGGAGGAGGAGGGGAGGACAGAGUCAGCAGCCACCACGUCUGCACAGCCUGCCAUGGAGAGAGGAGGAACCCAAAGGAAAGGAACGGGCACCACCUCUGCACAGCCUGCUACACAGAGAAAAGGAACCAAAGACAAAGGAACAGGCACCAUGUCUGCACAGCCUGCCAUGGAGAGAGGAGGAACCCAAAGGAAAGGAGCAGGCACCACAGCUGCACAGCCUGCCAUGGAGAGAGGAGGAACCCAAAGGAAAGGAACAGGCACCACCUCUGCACAGCCUGCCAUGGAGAGAGGAGGAACCAAAGACAAAGGAACAGGCACCACAGCUGCACAGCCUGCCAUGGGGAGAGGAGGAACCAAAGACAAAGGAACAGGCACCAUGUCUGCACAGCCUGCCAUGGAGAGAGGAGGAACCAAAGACAAAGGAACAGGCACCAUGUCUGCACAGCCUGCCAUGGAGAGAGGAGGAACCAAAGACAAAGGAACAGGCACCACGUCUGCACAGCCUGCCAUGGAGAGAGGAGGAACCAAAGACAAAGGAACAGGCACCACCUCUGCACAGCCUGCCAUGGAGAGAGGAGGAACCCACAGCAAAGGAACAGGCACCACAGCUGCACAGCCUGCCAUGGAGAGAGGAGGAACCCACAGCAAAGGAACAGGCACCACCUCUGCACAGCCUGCCAUGGAGAGAGGAGGAACCCAAAGGAAAGGAACAGGCACCACAGCUGCACAGCCUGCCAUGGAGAGAAAGGGAACCCAAAGGAAAGGAACAGGCACCACAGCUGCACAGCCUGCCAUGGAGAGAGGAGGAACCAAAGACAAAGGAACAGGCACCACCUCUGCACAGCUUGCCAUGGAAAGAGGAGGACAGCCCAGCCCAGCCCAGCAGUGAGUGUGUCACAGACCCCACAGGACAGCCCAGCCCAGCAGUGAGUGUGUCACAGACCCCACAGGACAGCACUUUUGGGGUUGCUGCUGCACAGACAGAAGCCAUCACAGAGCUGAUGCCCUGCCUGCUCUCCCAGAUGAGCCCUCUGCUGUGGGACUGCUGAGAGCUGAGGAACAACAGGAACCAAUCCCCAGAGCAGCCCUGCACCACCAACAAUUCCUCAUAAUAACAUGAACUGGCUGUAGAACAGCCCAACAAAGGCAAAGUGCUUUGUUUUCCUUUCCCCCUUAAUUAAACCACAAUAAAGCCCUGAAUAAGCCUUGU